UAUCGACCGCCCUGAGACGACGCCGACCACACCGACGACAACGCCGACAAGAUGGUUGCCGCUAAGAAGCACGUUGCGAUCGUUAAGAAGCACCCCAAGCGGUUCAACCGCCACCAGAGCGACCGCUUCAAGUGUGUGGAUCCGAGCUGGCGGAAGCCUAAGGGUAUCGACAAUGCCGUCCGCAGACGGUUCAAGGGCCGCCCCGUGAUGCCCAAGAUCGGCUACGGCUCCAACAAGAAGACCCGUCACCUCAUGCCCUCCGGCCACAAGGCCUUCCUCGUCAACAACACCCGGGAUGUUGACAUUCUCCUGAUGCACAACCGCACCUACGCCGCUGAGAUCGCCCACGCUGUCUCCUCGAGAAAGCGGGUUGAGAUCAUUGCCCGCGCCAAGCAGCUCGGCGUCAAGGUCACGAACGCCAAGGCGAAGGUUACUACCGAGGCUUAAAUGGCUGUUGUUUUGCGGUUUUGAGGGUUUUUCUAGGACUGGGGCGUAUGAGCUGGACUUUGCAUGGUAUCAGGGUGAUGCAUAUGUACGACAGCCUCUACCAAAUAUUAGCCCCUACCAAAAACGAAAUUCAUUAGCUUGUGACGACCAUGACGGUGUUCCGAAACUCUGUGGGCUGAAAUCAUUGGUGUUGGAAUUGUGAUGAAAACAUUGGGCAACGCACCUUGCAAGUGGGGUACUCAGUGUUGUGUGACCACCUGUCGGCAUUCUCAAAAGCUAAAUUUGACCUCUCACUGUCAUUUGGAAUUUCAAUUCUCGACGCAUAUCAUAUUUCACAUCCGACCUCUUAUCGCGACCUUCGUUAUUGCAAUCUUCAUGACUACAUCUGCGACAAAUACUUAUGGAGAAGAUUUUCUUGGCGCUGCUGUCUACCGCU